AUGGCAGAUUCCCUCAGUCGCACCCUGGCACGGUUUGUUGAUGCUUUGCAGUUUGACAAUCUUCCGCCAGAGGUGCCGGACAAAGUAAAGACCUCCCUGCUGCACUCCUUAAUCGGCACUUUCCUUGGUGCUGAAACGGCCCACGGCAAGGCAUCCAUUGAACUGAUAAAGAUGGAAGAGGCUAUGGCCGAGGGCGCAACUAUCCUGGUGGAUGGAGCCAGGGCAACUCGGUGUGGGGCGGCCUUUGCCAACAGCAAGUUGAUGCACGCAACUAAUCAGUCUGACUCUUACCGAAUGCUUCUUCACCCCGGCCCCUGUGUCAUUCCCGCAGCCCUGGCGACGGCGCAGAUUGAGAGGCGUGCUGGAAGAGAAUUGAUAACGGCCAUCGCCGCCGGUUAUGAGGUGGAAGCGCGUAUCGCUGGUGACUACAUACCUUCUACUCAGGCACGAGGGUUUCGGUCAAGCCCAGUGUACGGAAUCAUUGGCGCCGCGAUCACCACUGGCAAGCUGCUGCGUUUGAACGAGGACCAAUUGGUAACUACUGUUGCCUUGGCCUGCACUUUCGCUGGAGGGACCACGGAAGGAGCGCGUUCCGGUGGCCGGGAGAUGCUGUUCCACGAGCCAAAUGCCACGCGAAACGGCAUAAUGGCAGCCCUGCUGGCCAGGGAGCACGUACGGGGUUCCGAGACUGCGCUGGAGGGAGCCGCAGGGUUUUACAACGCCUUUACGGGCAACAACCGAGGAGAUCUGUCCUAUGUUUUCGCCGGUCCUGACCACGUAGCGUUGGAUAGUGUAGUAGCGGGGUUAGGAGACAGGUGGGAGUUGCUUCACGUUACGCCCAAGCUCUAUCCCACCGCAGGUUACAACUGCCCGGUCAUUGAACUGAUGUCGGACAUAAGGGCGGCUCAUAACCUGCCUGUUGAAGAAAUAGAGAAGAUUACCGUAGACAUGAACUGGCUGGAAACUACCUAUCCGUCUCCGGCCUUCCCCAACCCGACGCGGAGUGCUGACGCCCCGGCCGUUGGCAGCACCCAUUACUUCACCGCCUAUACCUGCGUCAAUGGCAACUAUCCCCCGCUGCGGACUCGGAUUGACCCCGGGGACCAGUCUGGCGAAGAAAAUGCUACAGUUCUUGAAUUGAUGAAGAAGGUAGAUGUUGUCGGCCACCGGGACCGCCGGGCUUUUGCGCCCCGCAUCACCGUGACGCUGUCUGGCGGCACCGAAUACCAGGGUGAAUACCAGGGCAAUGAACUGGAGUGGAAUCUGGCCACCGAACUGCGACGAGUGCGCCCGCUAUUCGAUGACAUGCCUUGGCCGAAGGACAAUCUGGAAAGCAUCGCCCAGAUAGUCACAGGUCUGGAGAUUGAGCAGCGAAUGGACCACCUGAUUGCCCAGUCGGGAGGGGAGCCGGCGCCAAAUUUGGGCGGGCCGGAAUACAGUGCUUUGGUCGUCAGCUCCGACCUGGCUAAGGGGCUCAACCGUCUGGUUUUCACUCUUGUUAACCGGGAUAAUGUCCCAGUGUAUGCCGAGCAGGCCGUAGUGUCGGCAAUGUACACCCCUCCCGGAGCUUCGGAACCUCAGCCAAGAGGGGUGUUCACGGCAACCUUUCUGCCCUGGCCACCUGAAGGAAGUAAUCGCGGAGUCUUUGUUACCGCCAUCGACUUUGAAGUUGCCGGGGAUGCCACGCGGGAGAGUCCCGGCCUCUGGGAACUUGGGAUAAAUGCCACUGCUGCAAACGGGGCGGAGGUGCAAGCGGUUACCGCGGUACGCGUCGCGGAGUCUCCUGCCACUCCGUCAAUUGGCUCUCCGGCGCCUAGAAGCGUAACCCCGGUAGCAGUGGAUGCACCGGAGAUUUCCCACAUAACCAGCGCGCCCAGCCCUGACCCGGAGUUGUACCGGUUAUCCGUUCACGAGGCAUUGGAUGGUGGUAUACCCCUGAUGGUCGUCUUUUCUACGCCAGCCUUCUGCGUGAGUGCCACCUGCGGGCCCCAGUUGGAAAUCCUUGGACAAUUGAAGGAGCGAUACGGGGACCGGGCGAACUUCAUUCACGUAGAGGUCUUUGAAGAUCCGCACUUGAUCCAGGGUGACCGUUUCACAGCGAAACAGGUGCCCGCGGUGGCCGAAUGGGGUCUACCCACAGAGCCGUGGACCUUCAUAGUAGAUAGUGAGGGACUGAUAAGUGCCAAGUUCGAACAGUUCACUCCCGAAGAGGUGCUGGAGGCAGCACUGAAAGAGACCCUGUAG